UCGAACGAUAAAUUAUUAUUUUUCUUCUUUUCACAGCCGAAAAAAAAAACAUUUUCAAUAACUACGCAAAAAGAAAAUCAAAGAUAAGAAUACUUAUGAUUGUCCUCAAGCCAUUUCUAAAUAACAACCAGAAAAUAUAAACUAGUACAAAAAAAGACCAAAAUUAUUUGUUUUCUUUUGACAUUUUUUUUUAAAUAGACGUAUAUUGAAAGGUAUCAUUUUUCAAAUUAAAGAAUCCCGAAUAUAUAUAUAGUUUUUAUUUACUUGAAGUUUUUUUUCUAAGGACAUUGAGGGAAAAAAAAGCUUUUUUUCUAGGUUCAACCAUUCGAUGAAGCGGAUUUAAAUGAAUUACCACGUAAUCUUAUAUUAAGUCAAGAAUGGCGUAUGAAUACUCGAGCUAUACCAUCACUUCCUAUACCUAAAAAACCAGUUACAUAUCAACCACCAACACAAAUGUCAAUUAAACAAGAUAAACCUAAAUUGAAUACAACAGAAAGUAAUAAUAAUAAUCAUGAUACAUCAUUAAAUGGAACAAGUUCACAUGGAAUUACUGCACUUGUUAGUGCAUUUAAUAAAUCAUCGGAAAGUAAUGCAGGCAAUGGUGAACGAUCAUCUCGUUCAUCAAGUGUAACUAGUGCACAACCAAUUGUUCAAAAUCUAGUAAAAAUUUAUACAGAAGCAUCAACAACACCAAAACAACAACAUAAACAAAGAGAUGAUAGCGUCGUAUCAACAGGUAAACAUGAUGAAUUAACUAAAAUUUUCGAACAAGCAGCAAGUCGUUCACAACGACAACAACAACAAACAGCAUCAACAUCAAUUAUAAAACAACCAUCACGAGGUUAUGAAGAAGCUUAUGAAGAAAUUACAUGGGAUAGUCUUGUACAUGGAACAACUCCAGUAGCUCCACCAUUUCCUGAUCAAUGGCAAACAGCUACAGAAAAUCAUCAUCAUCCACCAAAAGCACCUGAACGACCAAUAUCAGCUACAUCAUCAGAUCGACAUUCAAAUGUAGAUAAUCUUCAUGAUAUAAUCGCAUCUAUUCAUCAUCAAAAAUCAAAUGAAAAAACUUCACCAUCAUUUCCACCAGGACCUAUUCUAGAUUCUCGAUUAAAUAGUCGUCCUUCAACUGCUUCUCAUUCACAAAUUGAUCCCGAUGAAGAUGAUGAUCAUCAUCGAGCACCUACGCAACAACAAUCAAUCUAUACUACGAUUUUACCACGACAACAUAGUCCUCAAGGUAGUACAGCUGGUAGUAUUCGAAGUGCUGAUAGUAUUUCAACAUCAAGACAUUCUCCAGCUCCAUCACUAACAAAUAAUCAACAGAAACGAUCAAAUGUUAUUCAACAAGACGAUAAAAUGUCUCAUCGUACAUUUUCAGCCGAAUCAUCAAGACGAUCUUCAGAUCGAUUUCCACCACCACCACCACCAAAUAUUGACCCACUUGAUUUCGAUGGUAAUGAUGGUACAAUUAAACCAAAAUCUACAUCAUCAAUGUCUCAUCGUUCGUCUACUUCUACUAUUACAAAUCAACCGAUCACCAGAAAUGAAACAAAUCUUUUAUCAACAGAACGUUUUAAUCUUAAUACUGAUAUUCCACAUCCUGUUGAUACUCGUAAUUCUUUAAGUAAUAAUUCUCGAAAUAGUAGUAGUCCUUCUACUCCAACAAAUCGAUUAAUAUCAACAUCUGUUGAACGUGAUUCACAUUAUCUUAUGCCAACACCAUCAACAUCAAUAAAUACAGCUGUGACAUCCCGUGUUGAUUUCUUAUUAUCGGAUCAGAAACGUUUAGAACGUGAAAUCGAAGAUCAAAUCAAACAUUUAAAACAUGAUUAUAAUGAUGUACGUAAACAAAUAACUCGUAAAGAAUCAUCAAUACAAAAUGAAGUUAAAAAUAUUGCUACACGUCUUGAUGAAGAUAUUACUGAACAUUAUCAUCGUAAACAAAAAAUUUAUGAAAAUUUAGCUGCUGAUACAAAUACAGUGCGAACUGAAUUAGAACGUUUAAAAUCUCAUACAAAUACAACGAAUAAUAAUCAAAAUAAACAACAAUUAUGGGCUAAUCUUGAACAAAUUGAAUUAAAUAUGCGAAAUAUACGUCAAGCUGUUGAACAACAUAAAGAACCACGUAGUACUUUAACAUUUGCCGAAGGACAUCGUACUUUAGGUGCUGAUACAAUUGGACAAAUAACAUAUAAUCAAAAAGAAUCUCAUCGUCGUUUUAAUUCACGUUCACCAAAUCCACCACCACCUCUAACAUUAUCAUCAUCAUUUCAACAAGAACAAACUUCAACAAAUAUAACACCAUAUAAAUAUAUUAAAAUUGAUCAUUUAUCAACAUUAGAACCAGAAGCUGUUGCAAUAACAGAAAAUAAUAAGAAAAUUUUAUUAGGUAUAUGUAAUAAAUUAUUUAUACUUGAUGAAUAUGGUAAUACAUUACGAACAAUUUCAUUAACACCAAGUAUACGUGGUAUAGCUGUUUCAAAAAAACAUCAAACACCAAAUAUUGCUUAUAUAUCACAUGAUGAAACAGUUAGUAUGAUUGAUAUUGAUACGGGACAUUUAUUAGAUAGUGUUAAAGAAACAGAUUCAACUGGUGAAACAGGUACAUUUUUACCAUUAGGUAUCGAUACUGAUAAUACACGUGGUGAUGUUUAUGUAUGUGAUUAUCGAAAUUCAUGUGUUAUUAAAUUUGAUGAUAAACUUGAAUAUAUAACACAAUGGAGAAUUUUUAAUCAUUCAGAACAAUAUGAUGAAGCUCGACCAAAAUUAUUAUCUGUUUUUGGACAACGAUUAUAUAUGAUUAUUGAACAUUCAUGUAAACCUUAUUAUAAUCAAGGCAUUGCGUAUACAUUUUCAUUACAUAUAUGUGAUGCACAUUCUGGUAAUAUAAUAAAAAUUAUUGAUGCUGAUUUAUUAGCAACACAACGCCUUCGAUGGCCAUGUUCUGUUCAAGCAAUUAAUAAUGAAAAAUGUUAUAUACUAGAUACAAUGACAUCAGGCAAAUAUUUUAAUGGACAAUGGCAAAAACAUUGGUCACGUGUACUUGAAAUUGGACAAGAUGAUAGUAAUGUUGUAACUGAAUUAUUUCAAUUGGAUAGUGAAGCAGCAACAAUGGCGAUGACGAAACAAAAUAUGAUUAUUGCUGCUAAUGGUGACAUACUUUUUGUUGAUUUAAGUUUUCUUAAACAACAACAACGACAACAACAAAAUGAUUCUACACAUGAAUAUCAAAAUUUAUCAUAA